GGCGCCGUAGCAUUUUGAACAUUACUCGAUGCACGUGACGUGAUGUGGCAAAGCGCCGUUUGGACUGGGAGAAGGAAAUAUUCGAUACUUAGUCGUGCUUUUUAUUGGAAUUGUGUAAUGGCAUCCGAGGUGAUAUGUUGUUGAGGGUGGUCGUGUUGUGGCGAAGGCUCGUCCAGGCUCUGUCGUCUAACUCUGUUCUUCGCGUGUUGUCGUCCAAUAAAGCGGGAGACGACGUUACCUACCAUGACGAAGCCAUGGAGGAAGAGGAAAACCCCGAAUUUUGGAAAUCCCCUCCCUUCAACAGCGAGAAGCAAGUAAGAGUUAUCUUAUUUCAAGAGACCGAUUCAAACGGAAGAAAAAUAUUGUUUGAUUCGAAAUCGUUAAGGGAUAAGGAAAAUAAGGAGAUUAAUUCCAUUUCUUCAAAGAGAAAGAAAAGGUCUCAUUCUUCGUGCAGUUUAGAAAAUGUAAAUAAAGAAGUUGAAAAACCAAAAAGGAAUUCAUUAAAAAUACCCAAUGAUGAAGUAAAAUUAUACUAUUUUAGUUGGAAAUCCCCUCCCUUCAACAGCGAGAAGCAAGUAAGAGUUAUCUUAUUUCAAGAGACCGAUUCAAACGGAAGAAAAAUAUUGUUUGAUUCGAAAUCGUUAAGGGAUAAGGAAAAUAAGGAGAUUAAUUCCAUUUCUUCAAAGAGAAAGAAAAGGUCUCAUUCUUCGUGCAGUUUAGAAAAUGUAAAUAAAGAAGUUGAAAAACCAAAAAGGAAUUCAUUAAAAAUACCCAAUGAUGAAAUUGUUAAACGUGAUAUUGAUCUUCAUAUGCUGGAAGAAAUGGUUUUUGGUUCUGUGGGUAUGACUUACUCUGGAACGACUAUGAAAAUUCACACAGUCAGGUCACCACCGCAUUUGAUCAUUAGUCUUGUAUUCCCUGCUCCAGUUCCUAAUGAAAAUAGAAGUAAUAGGGAAAAAGAAUUAGAAGAAUCAGGCAGCUGGCAUCAUUCAUCUAACGAGAUACAAAUUUCGAAAUGUUCUGAUGUUUCUUCUGUUGCCCACAGUAUUCCCGUAGACGUUCCCGGAGGUCUUUCUCUUUCUAAUCAUUAUAAUCACUAUGGCGGUAGAUAUAUUUCAAACUCUCUGCAAUCUACUGGAAGUACCAGAAGUUGUCAUAGUUUAUCACCUAUUUCUCCAAAUAGUGUUAGUUCUAGUUUAAAUUGUUCUGGCAGUUUUAACAGCUUGCAACGCCGCCUGUUGAGAAAUAUGGCUACAAGUAUUGAAUUUGGAUUGCAUCCAAAAUCCGAUGAGAGUUCUUCAGUAGAAGAGGUAGGAUUUUGUCACGUACUCCGACUGAAAAAUUCUAUUUCGAAAGCUUAUUUGAAUAGGAAAAUGUCCGUUAUCCUAACUUGUGAGCUUUAUUUUAAAAUUCAAAAUUUUCUUUAUUCUUGCAGUCGGUUUCACGAAUUCUUUUUCUCGCAUGUAACAAUAAUCGAAGGUCACGUACUCCGACUGAAAAAUUCUAUUUCGAAAGCUUAUUUGAAUAGGAAAAUGUCCGUUAUCCUAACUUGUGAGGGUAUCAAAAAAUUUCAUCGAAGUUUGCAAGAUCUCUAUACUGCUCCUAGAUUAUCUUCUCCGUUUUGGUUAACGAGAAUGCUUCCGGAGAUGAACCAUCGUCAUUUGUGUUAUAAAUUUAUUAGUCAGUUUGUUUUGUUGUUAGAUAAAUAUGAAAGAAAGGAAACUAAUUUUUUUGUCAGCACUUUAUUGAGUGCCGUUCUAACACAUCAUUUGGCUUGGGUGCCAACCGUGACUCCCUCAGACGUUCUGGCAGAGGAUAUCGGAAAUCAUAAAAAUGUUGCACAGUGGCUAGAAAUGUUAGCUAAAUCUCAUCCUUAUAAUCCUCUGUGGAUGCAACUUGGGGAUAUGUAUGGGUGUCUCGGUUUUCCCAACAAGCUUGCCCGCACGAUCGUCACGGGAACAAACUGUGAUACAAUAAACAGUUUCUUAUUUAUAUUAAGUUAUUUCAUUCGCUGUAGUGGAAUUUGGGAACACGUAUUUGAAAAAUCCAUUAUUACUGCAGAAAAUCUCACGCCUCUUUCAGCAAAAGACAUAGGUUUGGAGAGUGCCAAUUUGGAAGCAUCUUCAAAUAUUACAGAUGAAAAGAAGAAACAGAUGUUUAAUUCUUAUCUUCCAAAAAGAAAAUAUUCUUUACAACAUACUUUUAAUAAAUGGACACAAAAUACUCAAAAGAAUUUUAAUUUAUCAUUAGAAAAUGAAUAUGAUCAGUACAGAUCUAAAGAAACCAACUGGAAACACUUUCGACCCAAAUAUGAUUUUGAAACAGAACAUGACACGAAACCUCGUAAUUUUAAUAGUGUCGACACAUCUGAUAAUUUUUUUCAAAAUAAUACUGAAGAUACCGUUUUUUCGUUAGAUGAGAAUUUAUUAUGUGAUAAUUCUUUUGUUGAUAAUUCUACUAAUCAUAAAGCUGAAAUUCUUCCAAAGUUUACUGAUUUACAUAAACCAGACUCCUUUUUGGAUAGUCUUGGUUAUAGUAGUAUGGAUGACCAACAGGAUGAAAAACACUUAUCUAAACAAUCGUGGAAUUACAAUUUGCAAUCUAAAAAUAGUGAUUUGUUAAUAGUGGAUGUCAACAGUUAUAAUUAUGAAGAAGAAAAUGAAUUUAUACCAACGGUUACUUUGGAAAAAGCCGAUUUUAAUGAAAGUAGAAACUGUUCAAAACUACACGAAAAUAAAUUAUAUUUGUGUCAGACAAAUUUAGAUUCAGACUGUUACACUAAUUAUAAUGGCACUGUUGAUGUGAUGGAGAAAAUGCAAUGUUCAGAGGCAAAUAUUGAUUUGGAAAAAUGGGACAAAUCUGAUUUGAAUGAUGCAUCUAAAUCGUCAGACGACGGACCCGAAGAAGGUUAUCACAGCAUGGAGGAAACAAAAGUUACAGUGCCGAAACAUCGUAGGAGACAUUUGUCAGAAAAUAAAAAUGUGUUGAAAAAAAUGACUGAAUUGCAACUGCCAAAAUUUCAGGUAAAAGAAGUACAAACUGGACCUAGUUUGUAUCGUGGUUAUGGUUGGUCUUUGUUAGCAAGCACUUCCAAUCAUUACAUGACUGAUUUUUGUCUCCAAGGCAUAAAAGGUGACGUGAAAGAAGAAGAAAUUAGAGAUGACUUACUAACUGCAAUUGAGUUUCCUGUUCUUGGUGAGCCAAUAACUGAAGCAGUAGGAAUUAUUGCGGAUACUGAAAAAUGGAAGGUGAAACUUAUUUCAACUAACAGAUCAAAUGGAGAUUGUGAAGGUUCCCCAGCCAUUCAAGUAGGAAUGUCUUCUCUUGUAGCAGAUGUCUGCGAAUCCAUUCUUCAGAUGCAUAAAUUUAACAUGCCACCUGAAUUGUGUAUGAUGCAUUUGGAGGACAGACUUCAAGAACUCUACUUCAGGAGUCGAUUUUUGGCUGAAUAUUUAAGCGGAGAACCAUCGCGGACUGGUCUGAACAAAGCAACCGCUCUCUUGGGCCUCAAUCUGAGCGACAUCAAUCUGCUGGUGGCGGUGGGAACGACACACACUCCGCAACUCGCUGCCUUUAAUAGAUGACGAAAGCAUUUUUUAAUAUUAUUUAAUUCUAGAUGACUGCAUACAUUUAUUUUGUUUCUACAAAACUAGAAAAAUGUGAGGGUUUCCUGGAAAAUCCUCUUAUCUCUUGCCAUUCCUAUUUUAUAAUUAUGCCAAAAUGUGCCUUUGGUGUAAGAUUUAUAAUUUAAAUAUUUUAUAUAUGUAUAUAUAUAUAUUUGUAAGUAUACAUAUAUAUAUGUAUGUAUGUAUGUAUAUUUUAUAGUUUUGUAAGAAAUUUAAACAGUAGAUUAAUUUGCUUCCAAAAUAUUUGUUCUGGACUACAAAACAAAAUUAUUCUGGUGCCAACUUUUUUGAAUUUUUCAACAUUCUCACAUCGGUUUUAUUUGAUAAAUUGUGAAAAAAACCAAAGCAACCUCGUUAAUUGUUCCUAAAUCAGCUCAAAUUUCCUUUGAGAGAAAUUCAAAGCAUUUAAUUUGUAAAUAAAAAUUGAAUCUCUGUUCGGAAACUAAUUGUACAAGAGCAAAUUAUGCCCGAACCGAGCUUGCCUUUAGAAAAUAUAUAUACAGUAUAUAUAUAUAUGAAAUUUUUUUUAUAUCUAAAAUAUAAUAAGACAAAUGAUUUUUUAAUUUAUUUAUAUUGCCUUAUUUAUAGUUCUGUUAAGAGCUCUGGUCUAGAAGACCAAUGUUUAUUUUCUAAAGAUAAACAAUGUACUUAAACUGAUUUGUAAGAAAAAAGACCAAUCUGAAAAUAAAUUUGCAUACCAAGCA